UUUGAGCAAAAAUCACAAAAAGGUCGAUUGUUCAACUGAAAAACAAAUAUAUCUUAAAAGAUCGAAAUUAGUUAGCAAAAUGUCCGUAAGAGAUUUCAUUAAAGGCCUGCCAAUACACGAUUCGAGCAACUUUACUCAUUUGAGCAACGAGCAUGGUAUUCGAACGUCGCAAAAGCGGGCCUCCGUCUACCUACCCACCGAGGAUGAGCACUCCGAGCAGCUGAUCGUGAUGGAUAAGCGCUGCGUCCUGUUGCGCUAUCUCACCCAGCAGUGGGAUAAGAAAACGCUCCAGCGGAAGCGGGAGCACGGCGGCGAGUCCGGAAAUGGAAAUGGAAACACCUCCACGCCCAACGGCACCAACAGCAAAAAGCGUCCACGAUUAGACCCCAACGAGCUGAACUAGGCGGCAGGACCUCCGGCUAAGCACACAAAGGACAUCCCACAAAGCAUUCUCGACCACGAGCUUCGCCAGCACAAACCAACCUUCAUUUACAUAAAUAAAUUUAAAUAAAAUAUAUUAAGUACAAAGGAGUUGCAGUCGGACGACCUCAUCACGAAAUCGAUAAUUCGUAAAAAAUUUACUUGAAUCGUUUGCCAUUUCUCAUUCAAAAAUAACCUAAGCUAUUAGUUUAAUCCGAGAUGUAACCAAAUUGUCAUAGCUAAAUUAUUACGUAGGCCAACAGUAUAUCAAUGAGUUCGAAUAAUUAGUUGUCUUGAAGAAAAAUGCCACACACCUUAAAUUUUUUACGGCUGCAUGUUGUUCCUAGGUACUCGUUUUCAAUACUUAAUACUUACCUAUGAAAAUAAGUUUCCACCAUUUGUUGUAAUUAAAAAUACAUUUAAACAA